AUGCCGGCCGAGCCCAAGAAACCGGUCCUGGCCCCGACGGUGGAUUUCUGCGAAGAUGGACAUCGUAUUACAGCACCUACCCGAGCACACCUGGGUGACUGGGCGGCCCCUGAACGCCCGACCGGGGCAUGGGCUCUACGCUUUGCAGCGGCGGUGCUGCACGAUGUGGCAGAGAGCUUGGAAACCGACAAAGGUCAACAGACCCCGUCGGCUGAUGCCGAAAUAUCUGAGCAGGAGAUUACAGCGACUGCGGCAGUAGCAAGCAACAAGACUUUGACCCCGGAGCUCCAGUC